GGCGCCGGCGAGCCAUCCCCCGGCUGCGAGGGUGGUAGCGGCCGUUGGAGUUUCCCCCAGCCGGCGUGGGCGCAGCUAAGCGCGGGGCGGGCCGGCUGCGCCGCGGGAGGAGGGACAAAGGGGAGGCUCCCCGUGGUGGCGUACGGGCCGCCACUGCAGCUUGUAGUUUUGAGCCGCGACGAGGAGGACUUGCGGGCAGAAGAGCGCGCGAGAUGCCGGUGCGGGGAGACCGCGGGUUCCCACCGCGGCGGGAGCUGUCGGGCUGGCUGCGCGGCCCAGGCAUGGAGGAGUUGAUCUGGGAGCAGUACACUGUGACCCUGCAGAAGGAUUCCAAAAGAGGAUUUGGAAUUGCAGUGUCGGGAGGUAGAGACAACCCACACUUUGAAAACGGGGAAACGUCAAUUGUCAUUUCUGAUGUGCUCCCGGGUGGACCUGCUGAUGGCUUGCUCCAAGAAAAUGACAGGGUGGUCAUGGUCAAUGGCACCCCCAUGGAGGACGUGCUCCAUUCGUUCGCAGUUCAGCAGCUUAGGAAAAGUGGGAAGAUCGCAGCCAUUGUGGUCAAGAGGCCCCGGAAGGUUCAGGUGGCCCCCCUGCAGGGCAGCCCUCCCCUCAGUCAUGACGACCGGGGUUUUGAGGUGAUAGAUGAGUUUGAUGGCAGAAGUUUCCGCAGCGGCUACAGUGAGAGGAGCCGGCACAGCAGCCACGAUAUGCUCAGCCAGAGCUGGGAGGACAGCAGGGAGAGGGGGCGCUCCCAGCAGCGUCCGCAGAGCCGGGAACGCGAGCGCAGCCGUGGCCGGAGCCUGGAACGUGGCCUGGACCACGAGGACUCUGGGCGCAGCCGGGAGCGCAGCCGCGGCAGGAGCCUGGAGCGCGGCCUGGACCGCGAUUAUGUGCCCCGGGACCGUAGCCGUGGCCGCAGCAUCGACAGGGACUACGACCGAGACUAUGAGCGCAUCUAUCACCAGUCCUAUGAGCCUGACUAUGAAGGAGGCUACAGCCCCUCAUACGACCGCAGAGCCCAGCCUGAGUCCCGCUAUGAGCGUAGCUACAGCCGCGAACACCUACGCUCCCGCAGCCCCAGCCCUGAGCCUAAGUCCCGGCAGGAGCACAAGCAUGAUCCCGACAGACCCAUUGGGGUCCUUCUGACUAAAAGUAAAGCAAAUGAAGAGUAUGGUCUCCGGCUGGGGAGUCAGAUCUUCAUCAAGGAAAUGACCAGAACAGGACUGGCGACCAAAGAUGGCAACCUUCACGAGGGGGAUAUAAUUCUCAAGAUCAAUGGGACUGUUACUGAGAACAUGUCUUUAACUGAUGCUCGGAAGCUGAUAGAAAAGUCUAGAGGGAAAUUGCAGCUUGUGGUGCUGAGGGACAGCAGGCAGACCCUUAUCAAUGUCCCGUCCCUCAAUGACAGCGACUCUGAAGUAGAAGAUAUCUCAGAAAUAGAGUCCAACCGAUCUUUUUCUCCAGAGGAGAAGCGCCAGCAAUAUUCUGACCAGGAUUACCAUUCCUCCAAUGAGAAGCUGAAGGAGAGGCCGAGUUCAAGAGAGGAAACCUCAGGCAGACUGUCCAGGAUGGGCGCCACACCCACGCCAUUCAAGUCCACUGGGGACAUCACAGCUGCAAGUGUCACAGAAACCAACAAAGAGCCCAGGUACCAGGAAGAAACUCCAGUUCCUCAACCCAGAGCAGCCCCGAGAACUUUUCUUCGUCCUAGUCCCGAGGAUGAAGCGAUAUAUGGCCCUAACACCAAAAUGGUGAGGUUUAAGAAGGGAGACAGUGUGGGCCUCCGGUUGGCUGGUGGAAAUGACGUUGGGAUAUUUGUCGCUGGCAUUCAGGAGGGCACCUCUGCAGAGCAGGAGGGCCUACAAGAAGGAGACCAGAUUCUGAAGGUGAACACACAGGACUUCAGAGGGCUGGUUCGGGAAGAUGCGGUUCUCUACCUGUUAGAAAUUCCCAAAGGUGAAACUGUGACCAUUUUGGCUCAGAGCCGAGCAGACGUGUACAGAGACAUCCUGGCAUGUGGCAGAGGAGAUUCGUUUUUCAUAAGAAGUCACUUUGAAUGUGAGAAGGAAACCCCGCAGAGCCUGGCCUUCACCAGGGGUGAGGUCUUCCGAGUGGUGGACACGCUGUACGAUGGCAAGCUGGGCCACUGGCUGGCUGUGAGGAUUGGGAAUGAGCUGGAAAAAGGCUUAAUCCCUAACAAAAGCAGAGCUGAGCAAAUGGCUAGCGUCCAGAACGCCCAGAAAGAGACCGCUGGGGACAGAGCAGACUUCUGGAGGACGCGUGGCCAGAGAUCUGGGGUCAAGAAGAAUGUCCGCAAGAGCCGGGAAGACCUGACGGCGGCCGUGUCAGUUAGCACCAAGUUCCCGGCCUACGAGAAGGUUCUGCUGAGGGAAGCUGGCUUCAAGAGGCCUGUGGUCUUAUUUGGCCCCAUAGCAGAUAUAGCAAUGGAAAAGUUGGCCAACGAGUUGCCUGAUUGGUUUCAAACUGCAAAAACUGAACCCAAAGAUGCCGGAUCUGAGCGGUCCAGUGGAGUAGUCCGGUUGAACACUGUGAGACAAAUUAUUGAGCAGGACAAACACGCCCUCCUUGAUGUGACCCCCAAAGCUGUGGACCUGCUCAAUUAUACUCAGUGGUUCCCAAUCGUGAUUUUUUUCAACCUGGAUUCGAGACAAGCUGUUAAAACCAUAAGACAGAGGCUGAGUCCAACAUCCAAUAAAAGUUCCCGGAAGUUAUUUGAUCAAGCCAACAAGCUCAAAAAGAACUGUUCUCAUCUCUUUACAGCUACGAUCAACGUGAAUUCAGCCAAUGAUAGCUGGUUUGGCAGCUUGAAGGACAGCAUUCAGCAGCAGCAGGGCGAAGCAGUCUGGGUCUCUGAAGGAAAGAUGGAAGGGAUGGAUGAUGACCCUGAAGACCGCAUGUCCUACUUAACCGCCAUGGGCGCGGACUAUCUGAGUUGUGACAGCCGUCUCAUCAGUGACUUUGAAGAUACCGACGGCGAGGGCGGCGCCUACACUGACAAUGAGCUGGAUGAGCCAGCUGAGGAGCCGCUGGUGUCUUCCAUCACCCGCUCCUCGGAGCCGGUGCAGCACGAGGAGAGCGUGAGGAAAUCCAGCCCAGAGCCACGAGCUCAGAUGAGGCGGGCUGCUAGCAGAGACCAACUUAGGGAUGGUAGUCCGCCCCCAGCAUUCAAGCCAGAGCCACCCAAGGCCAGAAGCCAGAACAGAGAAGAACCGUACAACUACUCCAAGGCGAACCCCGUGGCUGGCAGUGAAAUCUCGGGGGGAUCGACCAAAGGGUGCCCUCCGCCUGUUGCAGUGAAACCUACUUUUGGGCGAUCCAUCCUGAAGCCUUCCACUCCCGUCCCUGCGCCCGAGAGCGAAGAGGUGGGGGAGAGCACCGAGGAGCAGGAAGAUGCUCCCAGGUCAGUCCUGGGCAGAGUGAAAAUAUUCGAGAAGAUGGACCACAAGGCAAAAUUACAGAGGAUGCAGGAGCUCCAAGAAGCGCAGAACGCGAGGAUUGAAAUCGCUCAGAAGCACCCUGACAUCUAUGCGGUUCCUAUCAAACCCCCCAAGCCAGAUGCCGGCCUGCCCCCGCAUCACCUGAGUUCUAGACCUCCAGAGCCACAGAAAGCUUCGUCUAGACUUUACCAGGACACCAGCUAUGGCAGUGACCAGGAGGAAGAGGAAUACCGCCAGCAGUUGGCAGCGCACUCAAAGCGGGGUUACUACAGCCAGCCCUCCCGGUACCGAGACACGGAAUUGUAGACGGCUGCGCAGGGACUCCUGGGAGGCCAGCCUGGAGAUCUCCACCUAAAGUGCACUGCAGAGAUAUGGUGGGGACCCAGGCAACAGACAGCACGGAUGAUCAACCGGAGGCUCUGUGUGUGGGACUGGGGUAGAGCCGAUUAUGACUUUUUCCUCAGAAUGAAGAGAAACACUACAGUCUUGACACUGUUACUUGCUUUGGUGUGGACCAAAAUCUGUAUUAAUCUCUCUGUAUUUUUAAUAUGUAUAUUAAGGAGCAAUAACUAUUUUUCCUCAUUCAUAGAUGCCUUCCAACAUUGCUUCAGUGUGAGGCAGGUAUGAAAAAGGAGUU